AUGGACAAGAAGAAGGAAGACAGACCUUACAAGUGCACCAUGUGCGACAAGGCCUUUCACAGGCUAGAGCACCAAACCAGGCACAUUCGAACCCAUACCGGUGAAAAGCCCCAUCCUUGUACGUUCCCUGGUUGUACAAAGAGGUUUUCUCGUUCAGACGAGUUGACAAGACAUUUGCGUAUCCAUAACAAUCCGGCCAGCCGAAAGAGACCCAGCAAGUAUCGUCUGAUGGACUCCAAGGUUGAGCAACCUGGAAUGAAUGUGCCAGUGGCAUCGAUUCCCGUGGGUUACGAGGGCCAGCCGGCUCAAUACUACCAUCCACUGGCCUACCCGGUUUAUUUUGUCCAGCCAGGCAUGCAGCCUGUCCAGGGAGUCCAGCAAUUCCAGCAGGUCCAGCAACUUCAGGGUCACUAUGCUGUUCCACCAGGUCAGACAAUCGCUGUGCCAGUUUCCUACGAGGACGGACAGUACCAUGGCAUGCCUCAGGGGGUACCUCAUGGCAUGCCUCAGGGUGUUCCUAUCCAGAGCGUUCCUCCUGUGGGUCAGUACCUGACAUCUCCAAGCGGUGCUACGCCAGCGCCAGCGGACUCACAGCCUCAAUCUCCACCACAAUACGGCCAGAAGAGCUUAUCACAGAUUUCCAAACCGCUCAACUCUCGCUUUGGACACGGCCAGGCUCUUUCACCUCCUCCAGUUAACAACGGUCACUUGGGUAAGACCAACAGCCUGGUUUCCAUAAGUUCAGCGGCUGCAAACUCAUCCUAUGUCUUCAGCAAUUCAAACACUGGCUCUACGCCAAAUUCAUCCGCUACUUCACUUGCAAACUCCCCAGAAACUGCCAAAAUGGCCCAACCACCACAUAAAAACCAGGGACAGUUCCAGAAUCUGCAAACACCAUCGUUCUCAAACCUCAACGACUAUUUCCAUAGACUGAGGACAUUCGGCUCGAACAGCUCGCUCAAUAAGCUCAAGACCAGCAGCUCUCUGGGCAAUUUGGGCAAUUUAUCAAGCUCGCUUCUGUCAUUCCAAAGAAUGACUCCACUAAAAGUUACAUCACCUAACGCCCAGUACUCUCUGGGCUUAUCACAGAUCCAAAAACCAGCAUCGCUGACACAGCUCAAUCUUGAAUUCUGCCAGCCCAUCAAGAAGUCCAGACCCAACUCUCCUACGGGAUCAGCUGUGAAUUUGUACAUGACGCCUAGCGUUGAGAGAAACUUGACCAACUCCCCACCACGUCCACAUUCAGCCAACACAACGCGUACUGGCAACCCUGCCUUCAUCAUUUCGCCUAACGAAACGCCGCUACAGACACCAUCGCAUUCUCCACCACUUCAAGCACAGAACUUGUCUGAUAAGGGUAUCAACUCGACAUACUUGUUUAGUAAGUUGGAGAAACAGAAGCAGGCAUCGCAGGCACAAGCAGAGCAUAAGACUGAGAGCAUAGCGGAUAAUGGCACUACGCUCCCACCCAUCAGGUCGGUAUUCAAUUUUUCAAAGCAAGAAGGCUUGCAACCGAUCCAUAUCAAGAAGGAAUGA